GCGGGGGCGGGCGGCGGCGGUUGGUGGGCGCCGUUUGGGGCGCCGCAGCCUUGUUGCCUGGGCUCUGGCGUCGCUCAGGGCGGGCCUGGGCGCCGGUGAGCCCGGGCACAUCAGCAGCAGACCUUGAAGCACUUUGUUUGUGCCAAAUCAUUACCACUUGCCACAUGAGUCUAAAUCAUGACGGAUGCCAAGUACGUCCUCUGCAGAUGGGAAGAGCGAUUAUGGCCUGCAAAGGUUUUGGACGGACCUAAGACUUCAACAAACAAUAAGGGAGAAAAAGAAUCCUUUCUAAUUGUCCAAAUACUCUCGCUAGAUGAAAAAAUUAAGGUGAAGAGCGCGGAAGUUGAAACCCUGAAGAAGUCUCAGAUUGAGAGCAUUGCCUCCUCCUUGGCCUCGCAGAACGAGGUCCCCACUGCACCCCUGAAGGAGCUGACCUACAGACGCUCGCUGCGGGUGGCCCUGGAUAUUUUGAACGAGGGCAGCAGUUUGAAUCAGGAAAGCACCUCAAGGAGAAAUGGAUCUGCUUGGUGUCAAAGGGAGAAGGAGCCCACCGAAGCGGCCUCCUCACUCCGUGACGCGCUCUGUUCUUUCUUCCGUGAAGAUGUGUCGGCCAGUUCUGGUGAAAAAGUCCUUGAGUUCAAAGUGGACCACAAGAAAGGGCCGGGGAACAGUGAGACCCCAGGGGCCCGGUCGGUGGCUCCAUCUGGGGCCGGCCCUCAGGAUGCAAGUGAGUGGGGCCACCGCACAGGUCACGCUCCCACCAGGAGGAGGGGGAGGAAUUUGGCCCAGAGGUCCAGCCGGUGCCAGGAGGCACCUGCCCUUUCCGGGGCGCAGAGCGAGGAGCAGAGCACAGGCCGGGCCUCGCUGCCCCGAGCCCGGGAGGAAGACCCGUGUGCCCGAGCCGAAGGCCACGACCCUGGUUUGCCAUCGGGCAGCCUCACAGUGGUCCCAGCCCCGGAGAGGGCCGGAGGGCCACCUGCAAAAAGGCUGUGCCUGAGGCCACCUGCCACACAGCUGGAGCCGGUGCUGUCCCCCAGGCUGCGGCCCCAGGGGUACAUGACCCUGCGGAGCGCCGACACCAGCCCUUGUCCCUCAGACACUCCAGUGGAGGACACGCGGCCCCCUUUUCUCCAGGACAGUGACAGCGACAGGCUGGAGGAAGAUGCUCAAGCUUUUCAGGAGCACAUGGAAUUUAAUUCCAACAACUCCAUCGUGGAUGAAGAGGAUGACGAUGAGGAGCCUCCGAGAAUCCUUUUCUAUCACGAACCGCGUUCAUUUGAAGUAGGAAUGCUAGUCUGGCUUAAAUACCAAAAAUACCCGUUCUGGCCAGCAGUGGUCAAAAGCGUGAAGCGGCGGGAGAAAAAAGCAAGCGUGCUCUUCAUCGAGCGGGACAUGAACCCCAAAGGGCGCGGCAUCACAGUGUCGCUCAAAAGACUGAAGCACUUUGACUGUAAGGAGAAGCAGGCGCUGCUGGACAAAGCGAGAGAAGACUUCGAUCAGGCCAUUGGCUGCUGUGUCUCCCUCAUCACCGACUACCGGGUGCGGCUAGGCUGCGGCUCUUUUGCUGGCUCCUUCCUGGAAUAUUUCGCUGCCGACAUCAGUUACCCUGUCCGGAAAUCCAUCCAGCAGGACGCUGAGGGCACCAGGUUCCCCCAGCUGAGCGGAGGGGACCCCAAGGAGCCUGAGGGCGACAGCCCCCUGGGGUGGAGCCUGCCCUGCCGAAAGGUGCUGCCCGACCGCUCCCGGGCCGCCCGGGACCGCGCCAACCAGAAGCUGGUGGAGUACAUCGUGAAGGCCCGCGGUGCCGAGAGCCACCUGCACGCUAUCCUGAAGAACGGCAAGCCGUCGCGGUGGCUGAAGAUGUUCCUGGGCUCGGGCCAGUAUGCCACGUGCAUGGAAACCUACCUGGAGGAUGAGGAGCAGCUGGACCGCGUGGUGAAGUACCUGCAGGGUGUCUACCAGGACAUGGAUGGUGACAGACUGGCACGGGCCAGCGGCGACCGCAUCCGCUUCAUCCUAGAUGUGCUGCUACCCGAGGCCAUCAUCUGUGCCAUCUCUGCCGUGGAUGCUGUGGACUACAAGACGGCCGAGGAGAAGUACCUAAAGGGACCAUCGCUCGGCUACCGGGAAAAGCAAAUAUUUGAUAACCAGGUCCUGGAAGAAAGGAGUCGGCGCCACCGGUGAGGCGCACCCAGCUGUAGCGUGCUCCGGGACACAGGGACCCCAGGAUCUGUCCGGUGCCGUGGCUCCAGCCCUCGCUUCUAGUCUGAAGAGGCCGAAUCAUGGCCAGUGAAAGCCGGUCUCUGUGUUGGUGUUUUGCCAGAAUAUACAUUUCGUAAGCGAUUUAAAGAGGAUAAAUCCAUUUAUUGUACAUUGUCCAUCGUGACUGUAUAGUUUGAUACGAGUUGCACAUGUAUUUUAUGUCACACAUCACAUUCAGUAUUAAAUGGGAGUUUUUAGAAA